CUCUCGAGGCAGUCCUGCGCUCUCUCUCUCUCUCUCUCUCUCUCUCUCUUCUCAGAGGCUGUUCCACAGUGAAAAUAUGCUCAGUGCAGCCAAGUGCAUGAAUGAAACAGCCGCCCGUCUCUACUUGUGGGGGCUGGAGCAUAAAAUGCAACGCCACGCACAGCUUAACCCUCUCCCCGCCUUCUGUCCCAGGUGCUGUUUCUCGCAUUUGCAGAAGACUUAGAAUGCGUCCCUGGAUUCCAACAAAAGGUUUUUCAUAUCCAGCACCUGUCUGAAUUCAUGGCGGACCAGCCGAUUCUGAAUGUGAUAUUUGAUGAUUGUCAAGGAAAUCACAAAUUGAGCUUUCAAGUUUCAAACCCUGACUUCAAGGUGGAAGCCAGCGGGGUUUUAGUUGCACUGAGAAACUUAUCUGAAGCAGGACAAUCCUUAUACAUCCAUGCCCGGUCAGCACAGGUCGAAGAUAUGGCUGAAGUAUUGAUUGGAGCCAGGAAAGAAAAACACACUUCUUUAAAGGAGAUCUUCAAAGCUGAAGGCAGCCUCGGGAACGUAAGGCAAAGACGGGCUAUUGUGGCGACCCCCAUUCUAAUUCCGGAGAACCAGCGGCCUCCGUUCCCAAGACCGGUGGGCAGGGUUGUAGACAUUGACAGGUCAGAGGGCUCAAAAUUCAGAAUUUCUGGGAAAGGAGUGGAACAGGAGCCAAAAGGUUUUUUCAAGAUUAUUGAGAAUACUGGAGAGGUCAUUGUGACACGCCCCCUUGAUAGAGAAGUGACGGCCACCUACCAGCUGCAAGUGGAAAUCAUUGAUCCCAGCGGCAAAAGCAUAGAAGGCCCGGUUCCACUGGACAUCAUUAUUAUCGACCAGAAUGACAACAGGCCCAUCUUUCGGGAAGGGCCGUACAUCGGACAUGUCAUGGAAGGGUCUCCUACAGGAAGCACUGUGAUGAGAGUGACUGCAUUCGAUGCCGAUGACCCCGCAACGGACAACGCCCUGCUGCGGUACAAUAUCCUUAAGCAAACCCCCGACAAGCCUUCACCGAACAUGUUCUAUAUUGACCCAGAAAAAGGAGACAUUGUCACGGUCGUGUCGCCAGCCAUGUUGGACCGAGAAACCAUGGAAAACCCCAAAUACGAGCUCAUCAUAGAAGCAAAAGACAUGGGGGGCAUGGAUGUGGGAUUAAUUGGCACGGCCACAGCCACUGUAGUUGUCGAUGACAAAAAUGACCAUCCGCCAGAGUUCACGAAAAAAGAGUUCCAAGCCACGGUGAAGGAAGGCACGACGGGCGUGAUCGUGAAUUUGACGGUCGAAGAUCGGGACGACCCGGCGACGGGCGCCUGGAGAGCUGUUUACACCAUCAUCAACGGGAAUCCGGGCCAGAGUUUUGAAAUCCAUACAAAUCCCAAGAAUAACGAAGGGAUGUUGUCCGUUGUCAAGCCUUUGGAUUGUGAGAUUUCAGCUUUCCAUACACUCCUGAUCAAAGUAGAAAACGAAGAUCCAUUGGUUCCGGAUGUUGCCUACGGCACCAGCUCGACAGCCACUGUUCAGAUCACCGUCCUGGAUGUAAACGAAGGCCCCAUUUUCCACCCAAACCCAAUGACUGUUUCCAAACAAGAGAACAUCCCAAUAGGCAGUGUUGUGUUCACCGUCAAUGCCACCGAUCCGGACAAAUUGCAGCAUCAGACAAUAAGAUAUUCUGUGGACAAAGAUCCAGCCAACUGGCUUGAAAUUAACCCUACAAAUGGCACCAUCGUCACCACGAAUAUCCUUGAUCGCGAAUCUUCAUAUGUCAUCAGCAAUGUGUACACGGCGUCUUUCCUGGCAAUUGACAGUGGUAGCCCUCCGGCCACAGGCACGGGGACACUGCAGAUCACCUUGGAAGACGUCAACGACAACGCCCCUUCCAUUUAUCCGAUGGUAGCAAUGGUCUGUGAAGAUCAGAAAGACGUGAAGGUGAUCCUCGGAGCCUUAGACAAGGAUCUUCGCCCCAACACGGAGCCCUUCAAAUUUGAGCUGAGCAAACAGUCUGGUCAAGAGAAAGUAUGGAAAGUCACCAGAAUUAACAAUACUCACGCCCAGGUCAUCUUGCCUCAGAACUUGAAGAAGGCCCACUACAAUAUCCCCAUCUCGGUGACGGAUUCGGGGACGCCUCCUCUCACUAACAAUAUAGAACUGAAAAUGCAGGUGUGCUCCUGCACAAAAUACAGCAAACCGGACUGCAGCUCGUCCUCCACCCUUCACAUCAGCAUGGUCCUAAUCUUCGUUUCGCUCUUCAGUUUAUACUGUCUGUAAGAACUCCUGACAUUUGAAGCUGGUCUACCAAGUUGCCACAGCGACAAGCAAAGGUUCUACAUCCCACUCCAAAAAAAAAAAAAUCACCUUUUACACUUUCGACUCCUCACUUCUAAGCUUCAGUUGCUCCAGUUUGGAAGCGCCGUCAACCACAACGCAUCUGCCCCCAACUGCACGACUGUCUCUGAUGAACCUUUGACCUGACUCAGGCUUACCGACGGGUUCCUCCUUCGCGACGGACAGCCGACGCAAUCGGUGGCCACCCAUUUCAAAGAUCGCAACGUCGAGACUGGAUCUUUCGGGCGCAGAGUUGCAGAAUGACUCAAUUCCUCCCCCCCCCUUUCUCUGUUGACUUGUUGCUAUUCAAAUGUUUUAAAAAAAAUUGUCUGUGGGUUAGUAUUUGUAUAUGUAUGAGUGUACGUAUAUGUAUAUAUAUUUAUAGAGAGAGAAGAGAUAUACAAUAGGGUUAGCUUUUGUAUGGCAUUAGGUUUGUGGUCAAGGAAAGGGGCAAAGUCGCAGAGGCAGGGGACAAACACCCACUGACAGCUAAACCCAUUGUAUAGGCUGCGUAUACAACGGUGUAACCAAAAGAAGAGAGCGGGCCAGGAUAGUACCACGAGAAAAAGCCACCUUUGUGGCAUCCAUUUUUCUCGGGAAAAUUUUUUAACCCUUGGUCUAAUUGGUCAUCAGGUUUUUUUUCCAGCCCUCCCUUUCCUGUUUAAGCAUUGUUGGGUCCUUUCAGAGGCCUGCGGAUGGUGAGCAAAAGCAAUACUUGCCGAGUCGUGGGGGGGGGGGAAGAAAUUGAAAAUUAAGUUCCUGCUGAUUCUGAAUUCGGUUAGCUAGUUCUGAUCUAUUUUAAAUGUGGUCUUCAUAAUCAAUGUUUGGUCUUACCAUGAAGAACAGAACAGAUGGGACAGUUUGGGUCGGUCACUUCCCGGAGAUUAGGGGGUGGAGCUCUGGGGAGAUGGGGCUUGGGCAGGGGACCGGGCUCAGAAGGGCAUAACGCCGCAGAGUCCACCCUACAAGGCAGCCAUUUUUCUUAGGGGAGCCAAUCCCUGUUGUCUGGAGAUCUGUUCCUGGGGGAUCUCCAGACCUCACCUGGAGGAUGGCAAUCAUAAAAGAUAGGAACUUCGAAAAGGGUUCUGCGUUCCUCCCUCUUUGAACUCAUUCUUAUGAAAACUGCCAGCCUGCAUCUUGAAGAAAUCUAAUUUACCCCUUGAACUACUAAUGACUGAAGGUGGUGGUGGGUGGAUCAGAUGACUCUAUGAAUUCUCCGUACAAACAAAAUCCCUGAACAUAGAACACCAGAGGUUAAGGGAGGAAUGCUUUCUUGGCGUGCUAGUUUUCUAUGAGAAGGGAAGGCUGGGUUUAUACCGAAGAUCAAUCGUGUAUGUACCAUGGUUUACUUGUGAUGUAAACUGGUACAACCCAGACACAGGUUUACCUGACUAAGUGAGAACUAGAUCUCCUUGGGUCCAUAGCAAAAAUGAGCAUUGAAGAUGCAUUGUUUUGAAUGUUUGCCUCAGACGCAAGAAUGUCUAACAGCAGUGAUGUAAAGGAACCAAGCUAUUCUCCCAGCUGAUCAUAAAUUAUGGUAGAAAUGACUAGAAAUUCAGUAUUCCCAGAUCUGGGAACUAGUGGCGGUGGGAAUGUUGAUGUCAUUCAGGCCUAUGAAAGCAGUAAGACUCUAGCUUAUUUUGUCUUUCAGGAACCUAUGGUUUUUACUUUUUUAAUUUUUUCCAAAUCCCUUAACUACUAAUUCUCAGUUGUCACUCAGCGCCUGUGAAGCUAGCUCUCUUGAGCAAACCUGGGGGGGAAAUUAUAUAAAUAUAUACAUAUAUAUAAUUUGUUUUGAACAUAGUAUAUACAUACAUACACAGAGAGGUACACACAGAGUUUUAAAACGACAACUAACGAGAUAUCUUUUUUAUUUUUUUCCCCUUUCUUUUUUUUUUUGGCGUGUGCAAAAUAAUCGCACUUGUUUGCAAAUGAUAGAAACAAAGGGUCUUCAUGAUGUACGAAUACAAAUCCUUAGAAAGACAUCCGGUGAGCAUGUAAGAAAUCUGACUGUUUCGUCAAGACGAUCAUCUUGUGAAUAAACUGUAAAUGAAUCAUGAAGCUCAAACCAAUUCUUUUUUAUAACAAAAGGAAAAUCAGCAAAACAAGUAUAUUAGUGACAGACAGUGGCUUUUAAUAGAACUUGACAGUAACUAGGGUAAGGUAAGUGUCUUAGACUCUUUUAAUAAAGUUGCUUAUUUAAAGUUUAAAUUGCAGAGCUUUCUUAUGCAAUAGAAUGUCGCGGCUGUAUAGUUUGGGUUGGGUUUUGAACAGGAAUUUACACAUCAUGCUGUUUGUGAUGAAAGCGUUUUCCUUCUAUGUCAUACCUCUGUUCUGAUAAUAGCUUUUUAUUUUCAAAUCAUUAAAGAAAUCCAACCACA